AUUGAAUUCCGGUAGAUGCGCGCUUUACGGGUUGCUGCCGAUAAAAUGAGUAAAUUUAUUUUGAUUCUAGCUCAACUCGCUAUAUCCAUUACAGUUUUCUCUCAAAAAAACGGAUCCGAUUGUAUCGACAAUUCAAAGAAAGCAGAACUCCACAAUUGUUGCAGUUUUCCAACCCCCAUACCAAAUCAUGUGGUUCCUGGAUGUCGGGCAAAGUAUCAAAAGCUGUCGAAUGAUCACCGUAAUCACAUAAUCUGUAUAGCCGACUGUCAUUUCACCGAGAUGGGCGUUUUGAGGAAUGGAAAAAUCGACUUGAAAUCGCUGCGUAAUGUGACCAAAAAUGAGCUCGGACCGAAUGAACCCGAGGCACAGGAUGCCAUCAGUAGGCUGGCGGAAAUGUGCGUUCGAGUAACCGGCGAGCAGAAGGACGCAAUCGCAAAAGCCGGUACCAAAUGUAGCGUAUUGGCAUACGCUUUUUUCAAAUGUCUGGGCGAUGGAGUUUUUAGCAACUGUCCGGAUAAGUAUUGGAGCACAAGAGAAAUUUGUACGAUAUACGACAAAGGGGUCCCCUUAUGUGAGGAUAAAACAAAUUAGAUUGGUCUUCCAUUUAUUUGAUGGAAACGUUGUUGAAUAGAUUUUUUUUCCAAUUCAUACUGCGUUAUCACUACGUUCUAUUUUUCAUGGCUCACGUAC